AUGACACUCAUUUACACAAUCUUGUUUUCUUUUCUUUUCCCUCUUUCCUAUGCUUUCACUCACCCUGGUUUGUUAGUCACCGACACCGAUAUCACUCGCAUCAAAACUAAGCUCGCCGAGAAAAAAGAGCCUUGGACCGCGUCGUGGAAUAAGCUGACGAGCAUCCCAUUUUCCAGCGCCGACUACAAGAACAAUGCAGUCAAAGAAGUGAACAGAGGCCAAAAUGGGGAGGUCCUAUGGCACGAUGCGGCUGCUGCGUUCAACCUUGCUCUGCGCUGGAAAGUCAGUGGAGAAGACCAGUACGCAGAAACCGCAUCAGGCAUCCUUGUUGCUUGGGCAGAUACGCUGGAGAUCCUCAGCGGGGGCGAUGAUGCCUACCUUACCGCAGGAUUGCAAGGUUAUGAGCUUGCUAACGCCGCAGAGCUUCUCCGCGACUACCAGCCAUUCGCUAAGAACGGUCUAGCCAAAGUCAUCAGCAUGUUCAACAAAGUAUUCUUGCCGAUGAAUCUCGAUUUCCUCAACCACGUCCUGGGAUCAGAGCACAAUGUCAAGCACUUCUUUGCCAACUGGGAACAGUGCAACAUCGCUUCCGCUAUGGCUAUCGCAGUCCUCACCGACAACCAAACCACCUGGGACUUUGCCGUUGACUACUUCAAACACGGUGAGGGUAACGGUGCUAUCAAUAACGGUAUCUCGAACAUCGUUCAAGAACCUGGUACGGGCAAGGCUAUUGGCCAAGGGCAAGAAUCUGGCCGAGACCAGGGUCAUUCCGCGAUGAACUUCCAAGUGCUGGGUGCCAUUGGACAGCAGGCAUGGAAUCAAGGCGAAGACCUCUUUGCCUACAACAACAGCCGCAUUCUACUAGGAGCCGAAUACUUUGCUCGAUACAAUCUUGGAAACGAUGUACCAUUCGAGCCCUACACAAACGGCAUAGUCUCCUUCGAUGUUAUCAGCGAAGCCUCUCGAGGUGCGGUUCGACCUGCUUGGGAGCUGCUCUAUAGUCAUUACGUCAACAUCAAAGGUCUUGACGCUCCUUGGACAAAGGCAUACCUGAACAACUCCUUGGAGUUCUUCGGAGGAUUCGAGGGCGGAGCUGGAUCUUGGGGAGAAGGCUCGGGCCACUAUGAUGGACUUGGCUGGGGCUCUCUUCUCCAUCAUCUGGAUGAAUCUGACAUCCAAGCUGCAAAACCCUCCGCUGCUAGCCCUGAACCAACUACAACAUCAGAGAGUCAGCCAAGGUCAACAUCUCUAGCGACAGUCCGUACUGCCUCUGGAUCAAAGACUGCCACAGCUGAUGAGGGUGCCGAGACCACUUCAGUAAAGCCAUCUGCCGUAAGCGCCCAUCGUUCUUCUACGACAACUGAUACUGCAAUUCCCCAAAUUACGGAAGAGCCAGGAAAGGGAUGUCGUGCAAGAAGGCCGAAGAGCCGCAAGCAUAAGGGCCGUAAACAUCACUCGGUUGUGAACUAG